UUUUUGUCAUGCGAUUCAGGCAGAUAUUUUCAGUCCUUGCCAUUGGGAGGAUGUCAAUGGCCACCUCUCCAUCGUUCCCCACUCACAACUCUCCCUCCUUUCUCAUGGAUUCGACUUGUUUUAGAGGUUCUCAGAGGCUUCUGAACUUAGCUCAACAGCUCCGUCUCUACAAACCUCCGCCCUCCAACGAUGACUACGACGAUAUCGAAGAGAAACGAAUGGAAGAAGGCGCAGGAAAGGUGAUUUCUCAGGUGGGUUUUGCAGAAUCUGCGGCCCCCAUUAAUUGCCCUGAAGCUGAAAGGUUCAGACCCAAGAGAGCUGCCGUCCUGGUUUGCCUCUUCGAAGGCGAUGGUGGGGAUCUUCGUGUCAUCCUCACUAAACGCUCUUCGAAACUCUCCACUCACUCAGGUGAAGUUGCUUUACCAGGAGGGAAAGCGGAGGAGGGUGAUGCAAAUGACAGCGAGACAGCGCUGAGAGAAGCCGAGGAAGAGAUAGGAUUAGAUCCUUCCCUUGUCAAUGUUGUCACUACUCUUGAACCCUUCUUGUCUAAGCACCUUUUGAGAGUGGUUCCUGUGGUUGGUUUACUUAACAAUAGACAAGCAUUCAAGCCCACUCGAAAUGCGGAAGAGGUGGAAGCAAUUUUUGAUGCUCCCUUGGAAAUGUUUAUCAAGAAUGAGAACCGGAGAGAACAAGAGAUACAAUGGUUAGGUAAAAAGCGUCUGAUCCAUUUCUUUGAUUAUGAAACGGAGGACAAUAAGAAUUACAUAAUCUGGGGUUUGACUGCUGGGAUCUUGAUCCGUGCUGCAUCAGUUGUGUAUCAACGGCCACCUGCCUUUCUGGAGCAUUAACCAAAUUUCAGAGUCGCCAAGUCUGUUGCCCCAAAUGCUAUCUUGCCCUUAAUCUGAACCAUUAAUUGAGUUGUUUAAUCAUUUUCCUUGUUGAUAAGAUCAUCCACCAUAACCUGCAUUAGUUGGAUCCUAAUGUAUUGAAUAGAAGCAAUAUAAAUGGUUGAUAUUAAAAUUGUCAUCUACAA